CACAGAACAUGGCCUCCGCCAGUGACGAUGCCACAGAUGAAAGGCUGGCCCACAUUAAACAAGAUGAUUGUAAGUGGGGUGCACUGGAGGAUUUGUGUGUGAAGCUGGAGGACUGUGAAGGAAGAAUUCCCAUUUUGAAAGAGGAGGAGUUUGAGGGGAAAAUUGUUCAAGUUAAAGUGGAGGACUCUAAAGAUUUUUCAGUCAGUCUUGAACUGCAGAAGCAUGAAACGGGCACCAUUUUCCAGCAAGACAUUUGUGGAGAGUCACAUUCCAGUGUACAGCCCUGGCUCUCUAAAAUGAGACAAAUGGCUAACCAGGAGGUGAAAUCUGAGUUUUCUGAAUUUGAAGAGAAAAUCAAAGGAACAAACGAGAGAGAAGCAGACGAGCAGCCGUUAUCUGGCACUGUGGGAAUAAAUUUACCAAAGAAUGCCAGCUUUUCACUAUUUUCGUCAGCUCAGACGUCUCCUCAGUGCAAACAGCAACACCAACAGGACAAGGAGCAGAUGAUGAAAUUAAAAACAGGAUCGGAGCAGAAGACAGCAGCCUGUUUGCAUUUCAGUUCUCUUCCUGUAAGAGAAGCCAUCAACACCGAUCAACAACGAGGGCAUAACACCGACCAAGGGGCUUUGCGUACUGACCAAGAGUGUGGACAAAUGUGUAAAAACCAAUCUGAUGGUAAAAAUCUCAAGUCAAAUCAUGCAAAGCCAAAGUCAUAUUACUGUUCUGAGUGUGGCAAACAAUUCCUCCAUAAGAGCAGUCUGCCAGCACAUAUAAGAAAACAUACUGGAGAAAAACCUCAUUGCUGCUCCGAAUGUGGCAAACGAUUUUAUGACAGUUACAAGCUCCAAAGACACACAAGAAUCCACACUGGAGAAAAGCCCUAUGGCUGCACGGAAUGUGGGAAACGAUUCAUUCAAAAUAGCCAUCUUCAGAGCCACUCAAGAACUCAUACUGGAGAAAAACCUCAUUGCUGCUCGCAGUGUGGCAAACGAUUUUCUGACAGUUACAGUCUCCUCACUCACACAAGAAUACACACUGGAGAAAAGCCCUAUGGCUGCGGAGAAUGUGGAAAAAUAUUCAUCAAAAGUAGCCACCUUCAGAGACACAAAAGAGUUCAUACUGGAGAAAAGCCAUAUGUCUGUUCCGAAUGUGGGAAACGAUUCACAGACAGUAGCACGCUUCGUCAGCACACACACAUUCAUACCGGAGAGAAGCCGUAUAGCUGUUCUGAAUGCGGAAAGAGAUUUCUCCAAAAUGGCGGCCUUCAGGCACACAUAAGAGUUCAUACUGGAGAAAAACCUCAUUGCUGCACUGAAUGUGGCAAACGAUUUUCUGAUAGCCGUAGUCUCCGAAGACACACAAGAAUUCACACUGGAGAAAAGCCAUAUAGCUGUGCUGAAUGUGGCAAACAAUUCACGGACAGUAGCUAUCUUCAGAGACACACAAGAGUUCACGCUGGAACCAAACAACAGAAAUAGUGGUGCUGGGAUCAACACUUUUAAGCUCAUCUUGACAUCUUACCAAUUGCCAUAACUUCAUACGGAUUGAUAAAGGAAGCGUUAUUAGGAACCAGGCAGGCGUUUUGCUGAGCUCUUGAUGCAGAGUAAGAAAUAAAGCAAUGCAACUGAACUGUCAUGACUAAAGAUUGAGGUUCACUCCUAUCAUGACAGUAGGCACACCAAGACCAUUUGGAGAAAUGAAUCCUCUAAAUGGCGCCAUAUGUCUGUUCUGAAUGUGGCAAAUGUCUCGCCAACAGUUGAACUCUUCAGCAGCACACACAUGCUAUACCGGAGAGAAGCUGAAUGUAGCAAAAGAUUUUCCAAUAACGUCACUCUGUAGAAUCACUUCAGUAUCCACACUGUCCUGCAGUUCUAAAUGCGGCGGAAGAUUUCCCCAUAACAGCUGCCUUAACAAUCAUUCGGAAAUUCAGAGUGAGGAAAAAUUGUAUUGCUGCUCUAAGUAUAGUAGAGGAUUCUCACUAUCAAGUGA